AUGAGUGAUGAUAUAUUUGUGGAUAAAAUCAAGGAAAUCAGUGGUGAUAUCGAAGUCAAGAACUCCUUGAAGAAUGCUGGGCCCAUUAUCAUUGGCAAAAGAGAUUCCAUGAAUGAGAAAGUAGAGGAAAUAAUCAAUUUGAUCAAAGAAAGUCAAAGUGUGGUGAUUUCAGCCAAAGGAAACAAUAUAGGUAAGAUGGUGGGAAUAGUGGAGAUAGCGAAGACUAAAGUGGAAAUAGACCAAUAUAACAAGUUGAUAAAGCAACAAACCGAACAACAUCCUAAAACAGGGGAAGUAAUAGACAAAGGAUUAGAGAAUAAGAAGUUUCUAGUACCUAUAUUGAUAUGUUAUUUAGUUCCUAGGGGUGGUAAUGUUGACUUGACAUGGACUAAGCAGUAG